AUUAGAUUAGUGCAGUCGAGUAGCCAGAAUACCUACAUUUCGCAUUACCAAAGAAGUUAAACCUUAAGGAAACAAUAAGAGGCAAGCGCAAACAAAGUGAUCGGUUUUCAUACAAGCGACAUCGGAUAUUGGUUGUUGACUGGAAUGUCUCAAAAUUAGUCGUUGCGUUACAUGUUUUGGUGCAGAAGUUUUGUCUGUCCUGGAAGAAGGGUUUUGACUUUUGUAAAUAGAAGUCUCUUGUUCAGUGUUCUCCGUUAUGUGGAAGUUUCAAUCGGCGGUCCGAGAACUUAUGGAUUUGCAGAAUUCUUAGUAAAUUGUCACCAAGCGACAAAAUGCUCCUGUAUCAAGAAUUAUCCAAGUGCAUCAAGAGAAACCGGACUCCUCAGUGAGUACACAACAAGUUGAGGUAGCCAUUUGACAUAUGCGCAGCUUAAGUGCAGUGAGUCUACGAGAAAGAGCAGAAUAUGCAUCGUAUCUUAGUUUUUAUAGGUAACUGUCUCCCGUUCAUAGGAUUUGGUUUCCUGGAUAAUGCAAUUAUGAUAGUGGCUGGGGAGUAUAUUGACGUGCAAUUCGCAACAUUCUUGGGCAUUUCGACAAUGGCUGGUACCUAUAUUUCUGAUAAUUUUCAUGUUUCUAGCUGCCGGUCUAGGAAAUCUUGUUUCCGAUCUUUUGGCAUAGGGCUCGUCGGCUACGUUGAAAAGUUCAUGGAAAAAAUUGGCAUUUCUGUUCCCCCAUUGUCUGCAUCCCAACUAGCCAGCAGUUCAGUUCGCUGGUCUAUAGCAAUAGGACGGAUCGUCGGCAUUACUACUGGUUGUCUUCUAGGUUUAUUGCCUCUUGUUUUGUUCAGUUGGUGAAAGCUAAAAAGAUUAACCAAGGGUUCAGUCCAACUUUCCGGGUUCUUUACCUCUACAAUAGCAGUGUUUUUAAUUAACCAGAUGUAUCUUGAUUUCUUCCUUAGCAUAAAUCUACAGAUCUUUAUAAGUCGUGACAGUGAAUUUGUAACUCUAGUGCAAACGCUUUGCAAAAGUAUAUUUUCAUACUAACCAGCCAUUUAAAACAGCAUCACAGCUCUGCAGAACGAUUUUUCGUUUCAAAAUUAACGUAAUACCCAACAUCUGGUUUCGUAUAAUUUUUUAUUCCGUUAUCUGGAUCGAUUUUUUAC